CCGAUGCGACAGCUAUUGUCUGCAAUAUUCAUUAGUUUAAAAAAAAGGAGUUUUUUUUUCGAAGAAUUUUCUUUUCUACUCUUUGGAGAAAGGUUUUUAAAGAGUGAACGAACCGGCUUCAUCCAGUGCUUAAAGAUUUAUUAAAAUAUUCGAGCACCGGUGAACGACUCGUCAUAACUCUGCUCUCAGAAUUAGUAGAGAUAUUGGAGUUACACCUUCUUUACAAAUAGAGGCACAUCAAAUUGCCAAAAUUAUCUGACCAAAUGAAUCACGUCUUUACGUUAUGUAGCAUAAUAGUGCUAAACCAGUUGGUGCUCCUAGCUCAUAGUCGAACGCCUUACUACCAAGGAUGUCCGCUUAUUUAUAUGAGGUUCAGUUAUCAACACACGGCUUGUAGACCACCAAAUCCAAGAUGCACAAUUUAUUCAAGAGGCAUAAACAAGCCAGAAAAGGACUUUAUUGUAUGGAAGCACAAUUAUCUUCGAAGUCUUGUUGCCCAAGGUUAUGAAAGGACAAAUAACCAACCUCCAGCAGCUAACAUGAUGCAAAUGGUUUGGGACGAAGAACUUGCUUCUGUGGCACAAAAACACGCUGACCAGUGUAUAUUUCAACAUGAUUGUCCCGACUGUAGAUCUGUUGAGGCAUUUUCUGUUGGUCAGAAUAUAGCGACGAGAGCGAAAACUGGAAAUACUUUGCCGACUUCUGACUGGGACUCGACGAUCCAAAGUCUGUAUGACGAAGUCAAGGAUUUUUAUCCGAAGUGGAUCAGUCCAUUUAGAGCUCCAAAGUACCCAAUGACUGGUCAUUACACACAGGCUCUGUGGGCGACAUCUUGGAAAGUAGGGUGUGGCUAUACAGUUCACAGUUAUUCUAAUGAUCCAAGGUUCCAGUAUGUCGAACUUUAUACCUGUAACUAUGGGCCCACGGGUAACCUGUACAUGCAAGAUAUGUACAGGAUAGGUCAAGCUUGCAGUCAGUGUCCAGAAAAUACUUGCUGUGGGAAACAAUGCGAGCGGAUGGGUGUACGAUCUGAUUUUGGUGGUCUUUGUAAGACCGUCAGCACGUUCGGCCCCCAACCUGAGUUUCCUAGAGGACAUGUGUACUUGUGGUGCAAUUUUAGAGAAGGUCAUCCGAAUACGGAGUGGUGUGAAUUCAUCCUUGAAGGAGCAAGGCAUUGGAAAACUAGAAAAGUUGCUACCGGAACAUAUGCUGCGAUAGUGCUGGAAGGCGGUCAGACUACAAAUUUGCAUUUUACACGAGAAAUGGAUUUUGGAAAAUUAAUGUGCUUUAAAAUUGAGUACAGAAAGGGACCACACAUCGCGGCUGACAGAUCAAACAAUCGUUUAAGUGCCGUUUUUCACAGCACGAUAUCCAAUGGCUACUACUACUUGAACAUGACGUCUGACGCAAAAGACUGGACGACGGUUGAAUUACCAAUUUCUUGGUGGGGUGGACCAAGUUUGAUGUACUUAUCCUAUGCAGUUCCUUAUGGAGCAUCCGCACAAUAUUUAGACAUAAGGCAAAUUGUUGUGAACGAGGGACAGUGCAACAAAAAAGGAUUCAUCGGAUAAUUACACCCAUGGAGUCGUUGACCCAAUGUGCUCUCAGGGACACUGAUAGCCUGAAAAUGGACUAACGAUCGGACAUGAUGUUUAAUGAACAAAUAAGUUAUUUCCUUUCACAAUUUCAUUGUAUUUUAUAUUUUUACACAUAAAUCGGAAAAU